AUGAUUUCAUUAACAAGAACUGAUGAUGAAAAUUCAUCUAUAUCUUCAAAUUUAGCUGAACGUAAUCGAACAUAUAUGUUAUUCGUUUCAGAAGAUGUUCCUAUUGGUCAUACACAAAUAAUUGAUACAUUUGAUUCAUCAUAUUGUUUAAAAUAUUCAAUAAAAUCUAAUGUAUAUCAUCGUUAUGAUAUACCAUUUGAAAUAGAAUUAUCAAAAAAUGAAAGUUGUACAUUAAAUUUACAUGUUAUUGGUUUACUUGAUCGUGAACAAACACCUAUGUAUACAAUACGACGACAAUUAAUAGAUGAAAAUGAUUUAAGUGAUAAUGAUAUAAUAACAAUUCAAUUAUCUAUUGUUAUUCUUGAUGUAAAUGAUCAUGUACCACAAUUUGAAAGUGAACAUUUUCAUUUUAUUAUACCUGAAAAUAUUCAACCAGGUUCAUUAAUUGGUCGUAUACAAGCUCAUGAUCCAGAUAUAUUUCUUAAUGGAAAAAUUUCUUAUACUUUAUUCGGUCAUGAUCUUAUACAAACAAGUAAUAGAACAAUGUUUAAAAUUGAUAAAGAUACUGGAGAAUUAUAUUUAUUGGAUGAUUCACUUGAUUAUGAAACAAAAAGAGAUUAUACACUUAUGGUUGAAGCAAAAGAUCAUGGUGAUGUUGAAGCUACAUUAUGGCCAUCAAUACCAUCCUAUGCAGAUAUAAUUAUAACUGUUGAAGAUGUUAAUGAUCAAAAACCACAAAUUAUUUUUACAAUGCCAAAUGAAGAUAAACAAGAUGAUAGUAUUAGAUUUAUGAAUAUAUCAAAUCCAUCUUUAAACUAUGAACAAAGUCGUCUUUUGAAUUCAUUUCGUUCAAAUAUAAAUCUUCUUGACAAUGAUGCUCAAUUAAUUCAUAUAAUCAAAGAAGAACCAUUAUCAGCUGAUACAUUACUUGGUUUACUUCAUUUACGUGAUAAUGAUCAAACAUCAAAUGGUAUUCUAUCACUUGAAUUACAAACAUAUAUUCGAUGUUCACCAGAGGGUGUUCAAAUAGAUAAUUUAACAUUAUGUCGUGCAUCAGAUUUUUUUCGUUUAUCUGUAUUUCGUCCAAAUGUAUAUGGUUUAUUUGCUGUUCGAAUGCUUGAUCGUGAUAAAUAUGAAAAUUAUAUCUUACAUUUAAUAGCAAAUGAUAAUGGUGAUCGUCCAAUACGAACUGAAAAAAGACGUUUAUCAUCAAGACAAAGUUCAUCAUUAAAUAUAGAUGAUUUUCUUAAACGUCGUUCAGAUAUAAAUUCUUAUAUAAUGAAAUCAUCAUUUAUAUCACUUCAAUCAGAAUUAUUUAUUUAUAUAACACUUCUUGAUAUUAAUGAUAAUUCUCCAAUAUUUGAUCAAACAUAUUUUCAUAUUAAAAUUAAUGAAAAUCAACCAAAAAAUACAAUUCUUACUCGUUUACAUGCAUAUGAUAUUGAUAAAGAUAAAAAUGGAACUGUUCGUUAUGAAUUAAUUAUUAAAGAACGUCAAAUAUUUUCAAUUGAUAUGCGUUUAGGAAUAUUACGUACAAAACAUAUACUUGAUCGUGAACAAUGUGAAUUUUAUCGUAUUGGUAUACGUGCAUAUGAUCUUGGUUAUCCAAAUAGAAAAUAUUCAUCAAUGGUAAUUGUUGAUAUACAAGUAAAUAAUCUGAAUGAUCAUGUACCUUAUUUUAUACAUGAUCUUUAUCAUUUUGAUGUUCAAGAAAAUUCACCUAUUGGAACUAUUAUUGGAAGAUUAACAAUUGGAGAUAGAGAUGAACAAGAACCAGUUGAAAAAUAUAUUAAUUUAUCAACAAUUGAAGAUGUUGAUAUUGAAUUAUUUAAUUCAAAUUCAUCAAUUAAAACAUCAAGUACAAUAAAUUAUUCUACGAUUGAUUUUUUAUUUGUUGAUUCUUAUCGAAAUGAAUCUUUAUCAAAUUUAUUUUCAAUUGAUUCUCAAGGUUUUAUACGUACAUUAGUUAUACUUGAUCGUGAAUUACAAUCAAAUUAUAAUCUAUCAAUAUUAAUGUAUGAUUCAAUAUUAAAAUCUUAUUCACUUCCAACAUAUAUACAAAUUCAAAUUCUUGAUAUUAAUGAUAAUUUACCAUAUGAACCAUUUUUAUCAAAUCCAUUUGAUUUAUUAAUUGAACAAAUAAAUAAUGAAGAAACAAUUAUUUAUACAUUUAAACCAAUUGAUCUUGAUAAUGAUCUUAAUGGUUUAGUUUCAAUUGAAUGUCUUAAUUGUACAUCAAAUGAUUAUUUUCAUUUAAUAAAAAAUAAUCUUACAAAUUCAUCAAUAUUAAUAACUAAAGUAAAUGUAACAGUACCUGAUGGAAUAUAUAUACUUGCAUUUCUCUUACGUGAUCAUGGUUUACCUAUAUCACGUGAACGUUUUUAUACAUUAAAAUUUAAUUUAACUCAUCGUUUAAUAAAUGAUGAAGAAAAUGAUGAAAAUUUUUUUCUAACAACUUCUUCAAUACCAUUUUUAAUAAGACAAAAAAAUUUUUUUUCACAAUUUUUUUUACAAAAAUUUCAAUGGCAUUUUCUUAUAUUAUUAAUUAUAAGUUGGUUUAUACUUGUUCUUACUGCUAUAUGGACAUGUUAUCGUUAUAAUCGUAUAUCAAUAAAAAAACGAAAAGAAAAUGAACAACAACAUCAACAAUUUGAAAUUCAAGUAAGACAACAUGAAAUAAUUAAUCAACCAAUUACAGUUUUACCUAAAUCAUUUUCACUUCCAAUUAAUUCUCAACAACAAUAUGAAAAAGAAACAUUAACACAUGAUGAUGAUGAAAUUGAAGAUACAAGUUAUGAUGCUGAUCAUAUUAUAACUGAUGCUAAUUUUGUUUUAACUUCUGGUUGUGCAGCAAAUGAAUCGAAUAUUCGAUAUUUUGGAAACGGUGUUCAUUUUGGUUAUUUACCAUCGAAUAAUAACCUUUCAGCUAAUUUAAAUUCUAUUGCUAUUCGAAAUCAUCAUACACAAGCUACACUUCGUUCAACAAGUUUUUCACGAUUACAUACUUCUUGUUCUCGUUGUCAGUUAUCAUCUAUGAUGAAUUCAAGAGAGACAAUGUUGACAGAUGCCGCAACAAAUACAUCUUAUCAUGAAGAUAAUGAAAAUGACGAUAUUUGGAGACAAAUGAAUAAUAAUAAUCGAAUGUUAUGUGAAAAUGCAAGUACAAUUUUACAUAAUGAUUAUCAAUUUGAACCUAUUGAUCAUGAUUUUCCAUCAAUUGAGAUUAGUACAAUACCAUCAUCAGCUAUAUCAACACCAUAUCAACCAAAUAUUGGACAUUCAAUAAAACGUCCUGUACCAAUAAAUAAUUAUCAUUCAAAUCCAGUCAUUGAACGUCCAAAAAAAUAUCAUCAACAACAAUAUGUAUUAACAACAAAAAGAAAUUCUGCAAUAAAUCCAUCAGAUAUUGAUUCAACAGCUCGUUCAUAUACAUUAACAAGAUCACUAACAACAGAUCAAAUUGGAAAUACAAAUAAUUCAACGAAUAGAUCAACGAAUAAUAAUAGACUUUAUUAUUAUCCUAGUGUACAAGAUGUACUUGAUGCAUUAAAUCGUCGUGCAUUUGAUAAAGAAUCAUUUGUUUAG